AUGGCUUCACCAUCGACCCUCCAAACUCUUCCCCCAGAGCUCCGCGCCCAGAUCUUUCACGCCCUCUUCACCAGGGCCCGAGCCGGCCUGCGUCCAGUACCGAACAUCUCCUUCUCUGUUUCCAACAAAUUCUCAGGACCAUGCGAAGUCUGCUCUGAUACCACUUACCAGCACCACCCAGGUCUGGCAUACCUCGUCUCUCCGCUCCUCGUCUCCCGCCAAUUCCAUGUCGAGGCCUUACCGAUUUUGUACGAGCACUUGGUGCUGAGUCUAGACGACCCGCUGGCGGCGAAUAUGCUACUGAACCAGAGCCAAUGGGGCUUCAGCGCGCUGAGUGAGCGAGUGAGAUGGGUAGAGGUGGUGUGGCACCUGGAAACUCCUGAUGUGCAGACGCAGCGAGAGGGAAUGAGGGGCUUAGUAGAUGGUCUGAGGCGUGCGAGAGGGUCCACGGAUGGGAAGGGCUCGGAACCGCUCAAUUCACUGAGGGGACUGUAUGUGGAAAUGCAUAUGGAUGCGCCGGGAAGUUAUGAUCUCCUCACCCCAGGCAUACACUACAUGUCUCCCUUCGUCGCCGAUCCCGCGAACAGCGCCAGCACCACCACAAGCCCUCAAACAGACAUGAUUCACCCUCAAAACUCAAAACCUAUCUUCCCAAGUCCAGGAAUCACCCUCUCCCUUGCCUACCAAAAAUCCUACACCAUGUUCUCCUCCCCUCUGCUCGGCGACAUCACCACCGCCGACCUCAAAGACGAGCACGAACUCUGCCUACGCGAGUUGCUUUCCGAUCCUGCAUUUAUCCAAGCCGUCCUCCGCAGUCGGACAAUCAGCCUCGGGGCCGAAGCUUCUGAAGCUCCUAGGCGCUUAGUAAGGGCCGUCGACGACGGAGCGGGAACAGCAGCGGAAGAAGCUGAGCAAGAGCAGACGAUAGCGUUGCUGCUAAUCGCAAGGAAGCAUGAGAGGAGUUGGAUGCGGGGUUUGGCGAAGAGGAGGCUGGCGGAAAUGGAGGAUGGGGAGGAGAAGGAGCGGGUGAGGCGGGCGAUGGGGGCGUUUCUGGACGGGGAGGAGGGUGGGUGGUGGUGA